AUGACAAUCGAAAACCCAGUUCCUUUCGGCAAAGACACCCUCACCAGCUCUCCUCUGGCCCCUGGCGAUUUCCCUUGCAAGCAACGCUCUGGUGUCUACGACAUCACUGAGAUGAACCAGUGGAACGCUGGCGAAACUCAAACCAUCAGCUUCAAGGGCUCCGCAGUUCACGGUGGUGGCUCAUGCCAAUUCUCCAUCACCACUGACCCUGAGCCAACCGAGCAAUCGCAGUGGAAGGUCAUCCAGAGCGUCGUUGGAGGUUGCCCUUCCAAUGUUUCCGCUAACCUGCCCGAAGCACCUGACGGUCAUGGAGCAGCCACAUUCCCUGUUACCAUGCCAGACAACAUUCCCGAUGGUCGCUACACAUUCGCAUGGACUUGGCUCAACAAAAUCGGCAACCGCGAAUUCUACAUGAACUGUGCUCCUGUUCAGGUUGGCGAUGGGUCUAAGAAGGCCUCCACGGCCAGUGUCUCCGCGGCUCUCUCUAGUCUACCAGACAUGUUCGUCGCCAAUCUGCCCGACACUUCCUGCAGCACCGCUGAGGGCGAGGACUUCAACUACCCCAACCCUGGUCAGAACAUAGUCGAGGGCAACGGUGCCGCUCUUGGUGACACUCUUACCGGCGGUGGAUGUGAUCAAAUGACUAAGAUGGGUGCUGGUAACGGACAGAUGGGAACUCCGUCCCAGCCUGAGGCCUCUCAGCCAGCAUCUAGCGAGGCGCCCGCUGCUACAUCUGGUUACGCCGCACUCCCAUCCAACGGUGGUGGUGUCUUUGCUCCUGGUGCUUCUUCCGCUCCAGCCGCUGAGCCCACUCCUGCUGAGCCCACUGCCCCCGUCGCCACACCUACCCCCACCUAUGUUGCUGAGCAGCCUAGCAGCGCUCCUGAGCAGCCAGCCUACAGCUCGCCUCCUCAGGUGCCCGACAACAGCACUCCCAGCGCACCCUCCAGCGGCAGUGACUGCACUCCCUGUGACAACGAUGGCGCCGUUGUAUGCAUCGGUUCCAACAUGUUCGGUCUCUGCAACCGCGGAUGCGCUGUUGCUCAGCCUCUCGCCAACGGCAUGUCCUGCUCUGGUGGUGCUGUCGUUGCUUCCGUCAAGCGAUCCGCCAAGUUCCCUCGCGCCCACCUCCACCGCCGCCACGGCUCGUCCCUCCUGAUCUAA